AAUAAUAUUUGACGGUCUCUACCGAUGUGACAAGACAUUUGGGACAAAUUACCAACCGCUUCUAAAUACAUUUUUAAACAAAUACACAGGCGUCAAGACCUCAUAUGGUUACAAAGUUCAACACAAUAUAUCUGUACCAUUCUUCCUUGCCGUAGGAGACAGAAUUGGCAUGUUCCCCGUUGCCUACCUGAACAGAGCCUCUGAACAGUCUGUUACAACAGGCCCUGACGUAGAGCUGGCCAAAGCAGUUGCAGAACAGUACGUUCUUAAGUUUCCAAUUAGGCUUCCUGAUGGAACAUUUUCCCGCACGUUAGGAUGGCAAGGGAAUGACUUCAACACUUCAACCUAUCUUUGGAUAGACGAUACCUAUAUGGGCUUCACGCUUUUAGCUCGCUUGUCCCGGAUGCUCAAAAAUAAAGAAUAUGCAAAAUUCAUCGCCAAGCAACGCAUGUCUUUUAACCACCAUCUUCAGGAUCAAAUGGAUGGUCUGUUUUUUCACGGAGUGAACACGCAACCCAAGACCUUGUCUUGCUGCAAGUGGGGUCGCGCCAAUGGGUGGAGUAUCACGGCUUCUGUAGAGGUCUUGUUGGCAUUAAAGCCCUUCAAGGAGAGCCUGAAGAGCGAAUGGGACACCAUAAUGGAUAGCUUCAGAAGACAUGCCAGAGGGAUGGCCAAACAUCAGUCUUCAGACGGAAGAUGGCACCAGCUCGUGGAUGAUGACACGUCUUUCCUGGAAACAUCCUGUACAGCGAUGACCCUCAGCUCUAUAGCAAGGGCGGUUAACGAAGGGUGGUUAGACAGAAAGGAAUUCGUAGAAAACUUACAUCGAGGAUGGAAAGGUCUGGAGACCGUCUUGAAACCUGAUGGCACUGUCAAUGGGGUGUGCGUUGGAACAGGAAUACAGCCAGCUGCCAGUGAUUACAGGAAACGAGGAACAACCUACCUAGAGACCAGGAAUGGCGGGAUAGGUUUCGUGUACCAUGCAGCUGUAGACUAUCACAACUUCCUGGCGUCAUCUACCGUCAACAUCGUCAACGGACAAUAUCUACUUUCUGUGCAUGCUGCGUUGAUACAAGCAGUCUACAUAUAUAUUAAUUAUCUUCUGUAGCAGUCUACAUAUAUUUUAAUUCUCUUCUGUAACAGUCAACAUAUAUAUUAAUUCUCUUCUGUAACAGUCUACAUAUAUAUUAAUUCUCUUCUGUAACAGCGUACAUAUACAUUGUAUAUUAAUUAUCUUAUGUAACGGUGUUAUGUGGUAUAUGAACUCUGAUAGACUUAAGAAAUACCCAAUGCCACAAUUCAGAGGAUUAGACCUCAAAGUUAAUUUUAAAAUUUACACCUACAGACAUUGAAUUAAUUAUCAUCCAUCUAUAUUAUAUUGUUGUUAGAUUGUACAUGUAUAAUAAAAAAUAAUACUUGAUUGUA